CUAGAAUUAAUUAUUAUUAUAAUAAAAGAAUUGGCCGGUGUUCGUUUCAGUUUCCUGUUCUGCUUGCAUACUCAUUAAGACAAUAUCUAUGGAUAACUAUGUGUAUGUCUGCUACAACUGCUGCCAAAGAUCAAAUACGCCAAUGUUUACCAUGCCAUUCUAAUGAAACAUAAAAUGGACUCAUGUCCAACCAAUGGCUCCGUUUUAACAUCAGAUUCCAUUAACAAUUUAGAAAUAAAGCUAGAGGAGAUUGAUGGCGGAUUGAUAGAGCAAAAAUAUAAAAAUGAUUUUCAAGUCAAAAGUAGUUUGUGGAAAAAAAGUCAGGAAAAUUCAUUUCAGUCUGCUUCAGGAGAAAAAGAUGAAUCUUCCCAAAACAGAAAUAUCUUCAAAAACUUAAAAGACAUUUUAGAAGACAAUGCUAAUCCUGCUCACAAUAAUAGCUUGGAAGAAAAUUUGAUAAAUUCUAUGAGGCCAGACAGCAAAGCAGUUGUGGAUGAUUUAAUUCAGAAAAUAAGUCAGUUGUCGAUUAUUCAAAAAAUGUUGCUGUACCUUAAAUUGCCCUCCCCUAGUGAAGAUCCUGAUCGGCUCGACCCCCUCCGCAGACCCUUGAACCCUCUUGGAAACCGGCAGGAAAUUAGUCAGGCUUUGGCGUACAUUAGAACUCAUUUUCAGCCUGAUCCUGAAGUUUCACUUCCCAAAAAAGAAGUCUACAAUGAAUAUGUGUCUUUCUGUUCGAGCCAGAGCAUGAAACCAUUGUCAACAGCUGAUUUUGGGAAAGCUAUGAAGCAAGUGUAUCCUGUUGUUAGACCACGAAGAUUAGGUGAACGGGGAAACUCCCGUUACUGCUAUUCUGGUUUGUGCAACAGGAAUGAACUGGAAAAGCCAAGAACUCCAGCUACUGCCCUGGCUAGAGAUGCUGUGUCGAGGAAGAUUUGUAUUUGGGCGUCAAAAAUCUUGAAUAUCGAAGUUAACAACUUAACACAACUCAGCACCAUGGUGUCUUCUGAGUUAACAGGAGAUGAUACUGGGGAAAAAUUGCAUAUUGAGGUCCCUUCAGUGAUUGGAGGGAAGAAAAGGAAAAUUAAGUCGGAGAUUGCUCAAAGCGAAAAAUCAAGAACAUGUAAGCAAAGCAAAACCAAUGAUCAACUUAUCAAGGGGCUGAGAACUAACUGUUUAAAGCCCUUAGUUGGAACCUCAAGUGCUCAAAGCCUCAUAGGCAAAGCAGAGGCCGUUGCUAUUGCAGGGCCGAGCAAUAUCUGUGAUAACAUUAACCAAAAGCAGAUUGAUGUUGAACUGUUAAAAAUGAAACCUUUAGCUAUUAAUAAUCUCGAUCUCAAACCUGAAAAGAGUACAAACUUAGGCAGAAAGAAAAGUACUGACAACAACAAACGAUCUUCUGUGAAACGAUCACAAAGGGGGAAGAAGAAAAGUGUUGAAGCGUCGUCAACUGGCAAGAAUAACACAAUCUCCAUGAAGGAAAACAAGUGUACCUUUUAUAUUGAAAAUGUCUUUACCAUAGCUUCAAUUGAAGACGAUCCCAUAAUAGAACCACAGACUGAUUUAGAAGGAAGUUCUAAUUUAUCUGGUGAUUUCUCUAAAAGUGAUGUUGCACUUGGUGAAAAGAAAAAUUUGGGUUUUCAUUCCAAUAAUAUUAAAGUUCUUACAGAUACUUGCAAGAAGUAUAAAUGUGAUCAAAGUGAUGAUUAUAAUGACUUAGGAUAUCUGACAUCUACAACAGAGAGCUUAGCUCACUACUUACAAGACGAGGGAAACUCUCAGGAACCCGAGGAAGAAUUACUUAAAUAUUUUAAAGACCCGAUAAAGUCUGUGUCAAGUAGUUACAACAUGAAAGACACUUGCCAGCUAAGGUUAGUGCUUGGACAAAAUGUGCAAGAAGACACUGAUUUGAUGUGUGAUGGACAACUUUCAGAAAGAGAUACUGGAUUCUGCGAGCAAAACUCGAUAGAAAUAAAAGAGGACGAUAUCAGUUUGAAAAACCACCUUACAUCAUCACCUCAAGAGUCCCCUCUUAAGUCAUUUAUACCCACACUUCAUAGCAGUGCCGCCAAAAGAAGAGUCAGUUUUGAAAACAUUCCAGAUUCAUUCCCUCAAAGCCCGAGUACAUGUAUUAAAAAUUUUAGUUUUACUCCAAUAUCCCCCAGGCCAGCUACUGUAUCUAAAUCGACUGUUAAUAUCAACCCUUUUGUUUUUCCCCGUGAAACUGUUUUUCGAGGUAAGCUCUCUACAGCCAACAAUGGGAACCAUCAAAACCACAACCCCAGUCCAGUAUCAAGAGUUCAUGUGUCCCCUCACAAAGGCUCGUUCCGAUCCACUUCUUUAUCUAGUACUCCUUCUCCGAUCGCCAGUGGCCGAUCCUCCUCCAGUGCUAUAAUGAAAGGGCGAUGCACUCCUCAGGACCUAAUUGUAGAACACUCAGAUUCUUUUAAAUCGAGCCCUCUUAUCUCUCCGAGUUCUUCAUCAGGAGUUUUUCUCUCUCCAGCCUCCCCAAUAUCUUCAUGUAACUCCCCGGUGUUUGUUUUUAGGAAAAACAUGUCCCCCGUCAAGCAAGGGGAUGACUCAAAAUCUUACGCAAAAUCCAAUUCCCUUCUUCAGACCCUUUUGUUGACUGGAAAAUGCCCUGAAACUAAAUAUUCAAAUGUUCAAAAAGGAAUUGAACCUUUGGCAGUAGAUGUUCAAUUUCAAACUUCUAAUGAACAAACUCCUUUUGCUUUUAGAUCUCACUCUGUGCCUGCAUUGACUACUGAUAUUCAUGUUUCACCUUCUUCCAACACUCUUCCAUUUCCUGAUUCCAUGUUUAAGGAUAAAGAAACUCCCGCCUUUUUAGAAAUUAAACCAAAUGAUAUUGAUGUUCUGGAUACUGUUUUAAGAAGUAACAAAGAUAACUUGGUCAUAGAGAACUUGUCCGACAACGACACCCUAGAGAGUAGCAUUCACACGGUCGGAAAUGACGUCUCAAUGGAAUCAGUAUUUUCAAAUUUAUGUGAUUUCUUAAACGACAAAAGCCUUCCAGGUGCAAAUGACAACAUGAAAGCAUCAAGGAGUCAACCUACCACGCCUCUUGACUACAGUGAAUCUUCUAACAGCAGUAGGGAUCCAGUUGUCUCAGCAUUUGCCAUCUCAUCAGUAUCAAAAUCAUAUCCUUCCACUCCAAAUACCGGUUCUACGCAUUCGUUCAACGGAGUCACUGCAAAUCUAAACUCUUCAGUUAAGAAGAAUAUCAAUCCGAUGCUGGAUAAUUUGUCAAUGCCUGUUUCAUCAUUGUCAGAUGAUAUUGAUUUACAACUGAAUAAUUUUGCUGAUCUGUCAGCCUGUGAUGAUGCAUUCAACCAACUGGCCAAAGAAGUGACCAGUUCUAACUCGGACAAAGAAGUGUAGUGAGUUAGUUACUUUUGCCAUUUUAUCAUUUAAGGAAAAAAUUCUCGUUGUCACUGUGGUAAGACCAAAGACCAAGGAAUAACAUAGACCUGUAUUACCUACUCUAUACACACAGUAGUGAUGUGUCAAAACCAAAUCUCAAAUCCAUCAAAACUUGGGAAAAGUUUCGGUUUCGAGAUUCGAUCACCGAGUUUCGAGAUUCAAAAGUUUCGAAAUUGAAGAUUUUUGCAGUGUUUUUUGAAACUGCUGAAAUUAUUUUGUGUCUUUAUUAUUGUUUUUAACACUGUUCCUCACAAGCUCGUAGCAAUAGACAAACAUCACCAUCAACAGUAAUGAAACAAGUAAAUUGUAGGCUAAUCUGAACUUCAAAAGGCAUCUUAAAUACUAUAACUGGAAGGAUGUGCGAUUCAGUUUCAUAUCAAUAUUUAUUAAACCCAAAGAAAUAUUGACAACUAUAUGAUCUAAUUAAUCUAAUAUUCAUAUUUAUGUUGGUGUUAGGAGUUUUAUUUAUUUUCAUGUUGGUUGUUUAUAAAAAAAAUAUGUUUUACAGUAUUGGGUUUUAUUUAAGAUCAUCAGUCACAUAUUUAUGAUAUGUCAGGGUCAGGAGUCAAUUUCUUUUAGUUUUGAUUGCAUACUUAACAUUUUAUUAUUACCUGUAUUUUUUGUAACCUUGACCUUUGUAACCAGCUAAGUAAAAAAAGUUUUGCGUUUAGAUUUUGAGAUUCAAGAUUCAGGAUUCGAUUUUUAAAAGUUUCGGUUUCGGUUUUGAAAAAUUUCUGGUUUUGACCAUCACUAACACACAGCCACACAGUUAAUGACAGAAUACAUUAAAUUGUUAUCCUUGUGGUGAAUAAGUUAAUAAAAUUGUUUAGUUUGAUUCUUUAAAUAUUUUGAUAAAAUGUGAUAAAACUCCAUUAUGUGAUUAUAAGCUGUUGUUAUGUAACUGAAAAUUACUUUUAGUCUUUGUUGAUGCAGCAAGCGUAUGUGCAUUUUCAGCUUAGUAUUUGAAACUGAUUGACAAAUAAAAUUGUUAUUUUUUAUUAUUUGUGUUAUGAACUUGGAUUGGGAAACAAAACAGUUGCAUUUUCUACCAAUGUCAAAAACUUGCUGUGGACUAACAGUUUAAGUAUUACUUUUCAAGCAAAACAAAUAUAUGCUUGGUGAAAUAAAUUGGUCCCUGUUUUAAAUUCUUUAACUAUUGUAUCACAUCGUAAAGCAUUCAUUUGCUCUAAUGUAGCCGACUUAACAAUCUUUGUCAUCUGUUUGUACAGUUAAUGAGAAAAGUAGAAUGUAUUAACGUGAUUUGCGACAAGGUGAAAUGGUCCUACGAAAUUUUGAUAACCAACAUACAUAAGUCCGAUAUAACAAGUAUUUGUUAUUAUUACCAUGCAAUGUGCCAAAAUACUAGAUGAAUGAUUAUAAUUAACAUUUUAAUUGUACCAUUUGCAGUAUAUUGUCAAUUAUAGUUUCUUGUUUUUCCUAUCAAUUACCGUGGAUUCCUCACAAUUGGUAAAAAAAUGGCCACAAUCCACUCUAUCACUUCCUAACUCAAUAUUUUUCUCUUUAAACAAUCUAUGUUAUAUAAUCAGGGUCGAGCAGUAAAUUAACGUUUUCUGAAUUCCCUUGAAAAACAUUCAAUACAUUGUAUCAUCAAUUAAAUGUUGUUUCUUUUAUAAAAUAAUUAACUAACUAUCUUCAGUUGAGUUAGCUGUGUCCUCUCCAUCCUAUAUAAUACUUUGGUUUUUCUUUAAAAAAAACCUGUUUCUUCUAUAAGUAACUUAUUUCAUUCCUUUUUUGAUUCUUAUUUAACCAAGACCCACUGCAGUGAAUUUUCAAACUUGUUGGUGUUAGUUACAUAAAUAAAGUAAAUAUUCUGAACACUGAAAAAGUGGUCUGACUACUGGAAGUCGUAUCAUACCCUCGUUUGUUAUUAUUGUCUGAUAUCAUGGUGGAUUUAAGAGUAAGAGAAGACUUUGUUGAAAAACUGGGCCAAUUCCUACUAAUUAAUGUGUUUUGAACAAAAUUAAGGUUAAGAAUAAUCAUUAUACUGGAGUAGAAUACCUACGGGUGUUUAUACUUUAUAUCCUAUUCAAUAAUUUAAUUGAAGCAUCCAAAUCUUAAAACUCAUUGUGCUAUGGCAAUUAAAACUUUUAUACAUGUCAAAUACUAAUCUUUUGAUUGAGAUGUACUAUAAAAAUACUCUAAGUCGAUAGAAUGAUAGUUUGCUUUGGGUAUUUGGGUAAAACUAAAAUGUACUUGGACCAUUGCAUCUGUAAAUGAUUGUGACUAAAAUACAAACACAAAAUUUGGAGAGUGAUAUAAUUAUUUACAAUGUUGUAUGACGUUUUUGAAGAUGUGUUUUCUAAAUCAAGUUAAGACAUUCACUGUAGCUUUGCAAGAAAAGAUUUCCAUCAUCACUUUUUUUCUUUAAGAUCGUGUAGUUUAUAACAAUAGGCUAGAAUUUGUAUUACUGUAUAUAAGUUAAAAUUUAAUAAUUCUUUCAAACUGUUUCAAAUUCAAUCCAUUUGUUUCUUUAAAAUAUUCACCAAGUCUUAGCCACAAGUGGUCUUGACUUGCGUUGUUUGGAGUAGUGUUAAAGAGGCUGUAAUCGUUUUUAAAAGCAAUUGUUGUAGAAAUACAGUAAAAGAACACACUGUUGAAGAGGCCUCCAUACAGGGUAUCUUCUAUGAUUGGGACUCAUUGUUCUCGAUGUUCAAUUAGUGAUCGGUUCUUGCCUUCAUUCAAUAUUUUGUGUAAAAAAUCAAAUGGUCAUUCGAGUAGCUCUAAUAAGAAUAUAGAUGUAUACUAGUGUUCUGUAAUAUAUUUUUGGUGUAUAGUUGUUACAUAUAUAUGAUUGUUGUUUACUUAAUUUUGUUUAUGAGGCACAAGUAGAAUGUGUAUGACACAUCUGUUAUCUAAGACUGAAUGCUUUUAAUAUCUCUACUCACUGUGCCUCAAGCAAGAAAGGUCUUUUUUCAUUUUUUCUAAUACCAAAAUACAUUUAUGAAAUAUUGUUAUUUGUGGGUACAGUCACAUUGAAAGAAAUUUGUCCAUGCCAAUGCCCUUGGGUCUUGGCACCAAGUACAGUAAUGAGUUAAUGAGUAAUGGGUUCAUGAGUUGAAAUUGUUAUAAAAAUGUGUGUUGUCAAUGCCAAAGCUAUAUACAGCAUAUAGAAAUAAGGAAAAUUUACAGCUUUGUACUAUAAUAAAAUAUUUUCCUUACUUCUAUGUAGAAUCAAUUUUACUUCAAAUUAUUCCUUACAUUUUAAAAUCUUAAACAUAAGUUCGCAUGUCAGGUGUUUGUAUGCCCUUCUGUUUCCCACAUUCCAUGUUAUAAUCUGCAGUUUACAAUCAUAAUUAUUUAUAUCUUCAUGGUGAAGCACCUUAGGUAUAUUUCAAGCCAAGCGUGAGUGAGAGAUAGAUGAACGAUGGGUGUGAUGUCUGUUUAGAAGCCUGCAAAGUUCAAUGUUACGGAUAUAAAGUAUGAUAUCCAACCAAAUAGAAUCAAGUGAAUAUUAGGAGCAUUUACUUAAAACCUUGCAAAUGCCUUUAGUAUACUUUGUCCUCAAAGCAAAUGUCAAUGUCUGUAGUAUACUUUGUCCUAAAACUUAAUUAUUUCUAUCAUAGGGUUUACAGAACAUAUGAAAUACAUGGUGAUAACAACCUCCUCUCUUGAAUGCGAUGCAGAAGCUAGGAAGUUUCUUGAUACUUAACAUUUUUGUUUUGUGUUCAUUCAAGAGAACCUUCUCCAUGCUGAGAGAACUUUACGAUUAUUUAACAGAAGACGUCAGAGAGAACUAACAGUGAAGACUGCAUUCUCAAGAUGAAUGCCAAAUUGAUAUACAAAAUAAAAGAGGAAUUUCUGCAUUGGAGUGAUAUAAAUAAAACAUUAAUUUAUGUAACCUUUUAUUUUUUAUAGAUCGUACUAGUGUUACAAAUUUAGUUAGUAGUACCACUGCAAACGUGACUGUCCUGCAUUUAAUAAGGCUUUAGGAUAAAGUUAAAAAUCAACAUUGAAUUUCGUAACAAAAUAAGACUGUUGUUUUCGUAUAUAAAAAUUUUCCCAUUUAAUAUAGUGUUAUAAAAAAAUAAUAAUUAAAUAUAACAUUUUUACUAUUUGAAA